AGUGGCAGUGACAGCAACGGCACCAACACGGCAGGCUCUGGAACGCGGUGCGAGCGGUGUUCGUCGCUCAGUUUGGUUCGAGCGACCGUCGACGCCAGGUGAGCCGUGUGCGUGUGUGGUGCGCCCCGAUAGCUUGUUGAUCCGAUCGUUCAAUCUCGUCCAGUGCGGAGAAGAGCUGUGUGUGUAAGUGGCAGGAAGACCGUUCCAGGGGCAGCACGCCGACCAUCGAGAAGUAGCCGUGCAAAAGCAAAGGAAAUAUUGCUGUUGUAGAGAGAAGCAACAGUGUGCGCAACAGCUGCUGCUGGUACCGCUAGAAGCAGAAAAAUCUUACUGCAUCAUCACGAUCGUAGAACCAAUUAUCUCGCUUUCCUUCUUGUGAAGCAUUUCCUUGGCGCUGAACAUUCCGAUAAGAAGGGGUGUAUGUGUGUGUGUGUAUGUGAUUGACUAGUGCUACUUCGACUCAAGGGCAUACCGCUUGGUCCCAAAGCUGACUACGGUCGGAAAAUCAUAAGGCGUUUACUCAUCGUGUUCGGCAAAUGAGCGGGCAACAGACGAUCGCAUCUUAACCCACCACACCCGGUCAUAUCCUCCUCGCUCGAUGAAAAUGUCGCUCAACGAAAAACGGAUGUUUGACCGUGAAACACUCCGUUCCGUCAUCCAGCAAUGGAACACGGUUCGGUUGGAUAUAUUCGCGCUGUCCGAGCCGAACGAGAACCUGGAAUUCCACGGAGUGAUGCGAUUUUACUUCCAAGACGAGGGCCAAAAGGUAGCAACCAAAUGUAUCCGUGUCGCAUCCGAUGCUACGGUUUCCGACGUUAUCGAAACGUUGAUAGAAAAGUUUCGCCCCGAUAUGCGAAUGCUCUCCCUGCCAAACUACGCGCUGUAUGUGGUCCAUGCGAACGGCGAAGAACGCAAGCUAAACCCGGACGAAAAGCCGCUGCUCGUGCAGCUCAAUUGGCAUAACGAUGAUCGCGAGGGACGAUUUCUGUUGAAAAAUUGUGCCCAAAAGACAAAUACCCUAGACAGCAUCACCGAUCAGCCGAGCUUCAAGCGCAAACUGUCCAAGCGCGAAAAGAAGGAGCAGAAAAAGAAGGAAAAGUUGAACAAACUGCAAUCGGCCGGAGGUGGUACUGGCGGGCCCGAUUCCGAGAACCAUGUUGCCGAGAAGCUGUACACCGAGCUGCCGGAAACAUCGUUUACACGAUCCAUCUCCAACCCGGAAGCGGUAAUGCGGCGCCGCCGGCAGCAGAAGCUCGAGAAGAAGUUGCAACAGUUCCGGUCGAGAGACGGCGGGCCGGACACUGGCGGCACGCUGAAAAUCUACGGUGAAAGUCUGUGCCGGGACGUGCCGUACAAAACGCUGCUGCUGUCUAUUCGGGACUGUGCCCAGGCCGUUGUACGGGAGAUGCUGUCCAAGUAUGGCAUGGAUAAGGUGGAUCCGCUUCACUACUGUCUCGUACAGGUUAACAGCGACGGGUCCGAGUAUAUCCUUGAUGAUGACGAGUGUCCGCUCUCUAUUCUAAUGAAUCACCCUACUUCUCGAGGUUCGAUCAUGUUUCACGUGCGUCGCCGACCCGCGGACUCGCAGCCGCGAAGACGGAAAAAGAAACCGCUGGGCGUAUCGAACGGUGGCAACAAUAUUGGCGGCGACCGUGAAGGCCCUAUGCUGAUCGAGAUCACGCACAGCGGCGACGGUGGCCGGCGGGUGAAGCUGGGAAGCGAACCGAUCGAGGUCGGGUCGGCCAACACUAAUGCGCUGCAGCUGUUCGGUCCCUCCAUCCAGGCGCGUCACUGUCUAAUAUCGAUGCACGACGGUGUCUGUACCGUGACGCCCCUGCACGCCGACGGAACGACAUUUGUCAACGGCCAUCACAUCCAGCAACCAACGAUACUGCACAAUGGUUCGGUGGUCAUGUUUGGCAGGGUUGCCUCGUACCGGUUCGUCGAUUCGCCCUCGGACGGGCGAUACAAUUUGGCCCUGUCGCAAUCGCAGCUGGAUUCGGCCUGUUUGUACGAAAGCCGGUCACCAACCUCGCCGACGUCCUGGAACGACGAAGAAAGCCGUCCGAUCAGCCCAAUCAGCACGGUACAGAUGGGUGGAAAGCUGCCGGGCGGUGGUGGUGGCAGUUUUCUAGACGGUCCCAUUGCCUCAACCAGUUCCGAAAGUGCAACAGCAGCAGCACAGCAACAGGCAAAUGCGUUCGCGAAAUCGGCAUCGUUCGACAUGCAAUCGGCAACGGCGGCCCAACCACAUCCGCACAUGCACCACCAUCAUCACCAUCAUCCGAGCGGUCUGCUCGUGACGGCACUGGACGGACCGGAAGCAAUGGGUACGGACGAUACGGCCAGCUAUAAAGGAGGCCACGCUGGUGGCACUAACGAUCACAAUGAGGGAGAACAGCAGCAGCACCAUGCCGGAGGCGGCGGCCCGCUCGGGGCCGGUAACGGUGGGGAAACCGAAACGAAAUCUAUUUCCAGCUUCAAAUCAAUUGGAUCAACUGCCGACAGGACGAGCACCUUUCCGAAGCUGCAACCAUCGCACGCGGCCACUUCGAUUUCGGGCGAGCCCGGUGGACAGGAACCAAUUCUGCCGGCUGUGCUGGAGUUUCCGGAGCAAAACCAGGAACCGUUUCUGCAAUCCGUCAUCAGCGAGCUGGACGUAAACUCGCCAAACUUCAAGCUAGCGCCCGUGUAUACGCUCUACCUGUGCGCUCGGUAUCGCGCAUCGACGCAUUACCGUCCGGACCUGCAGCCGACCGAGCGGGCCCACAAGCUGACCGUGUUUCUGCACCACGUUGCCAAUCUGAUCCAAAAUGUUGUUCAGGAGCAGUACACCGAUGCCAAAAUACUGUCCUUCUGGAUGGCCAACAGUUCCGAGUUUCUGCACUUUCUCAAAUCGGACCGACACAUCUCGGCGUUCAGCGUGCAGGCACAGGAAGUGCUGGCGGAGAGUGUGCAGACGGCGUUCCGCAAUCUCGUGUCGAUAUUUCACGUCGAGCUGUCCCAGACGCUGAACCAGUUUCUGUCGGAAAACAUCGAUCACGACUCGGCGGCCGGUCUGGUGCUGUCCGUGCUCGGCUCUGCGAUGGCUCUGCUGCGCCGGUGUCGCGUCAAUGCUGCCCUCACGAUACAACUGUUUUCCCAGCUGUUCCACUACAUCAACGUUGUGUGCUUCAACAAGUUCGUCACUACUUCACACAUGUGCACCAGCGCAUGGGGAAAAGCCUUAAGUGAGCGUCUGUCGCUGCUAGAACUGUGGGCAGAGAAGCAAGGCCUCGAGCUGGCAGCCGACUGCCACCUAGCGAAGAUAAACCAGUGCGCCCAGUUUCUGCAGGCUCCCAAAACGUCCGUCUCGGACGUGCAGCAGCUGGCAUGCUCCUGCUUUCGACUGAACUCGCUGCAGAUGGCUGCUUUGUUGUCGCAGGAAACAAUUCCGCGCAAUCUUAUCGACACGGCGGUCCGGAUGGCCGAAUCCGUUGCCGACGAGUUGAGCCGUGCCGAUGGGCGUGAGAUACGGCUGGAAGAGUCGCCGGAACUGCCGCUCGCACUGCUCCUACCGGACGAUGGGUUCAGCUGCGACGUGGUGCGGGGCAUCCCGGCUGGGCUGGUCGACUUCCUGAACCCGUUUCAAAUGGCCGGCUGGUGCCGAUUGGCAUCACAGCCGACGAGCAUAGGCCUGUGGACGGUGUACAUGCACCAGUUCAAUCACGGCCGUUCGCCGAGUGUUAUGUCCAGCAAGCUGCCCCAGCCCGAAGUGCAGAUAAUCAAACUGCACAAAAAUGCCAACGGAAUGGGCCUGUCGAUUGUGGCGGCAAAGGGCGCGGGCCAGGAACGGCUCGGCAUCUACAUCAAGUCGGUGGUCGGCGGUGGUGCGGCCGAUCUGGACGGGCGGCUUCAGGCGGGCGAUCAACUGCUGGAAGUCGACGGUCAAAGCCUGAUCGGUAUUACGCAGGAGCGCGCGGCAGAUCAUUUGGUGCGUACCGGACCGAUUGUUACGCUGAAAGUAGCCAAGCAAGGUGCCAUCUAUCAUGGAUUAGCAACCCUUCUCCAGCAGCCAAGUCCCGUCAUUCAGCGAGGUGGUCGACGAAUGUCCGAACGAGACAUGACGCGGGUCGGUACGAGCAGUGGCGACAUCAGCAAGCCACCAAUGCCAGCAUCAUCCGCCGGACAGCAGUUAUUAAAUAGCAAAUCCGUUCCAGCGUUGCACCAUGUGGGCAAUAUUGGUUCUUCCGCGAAUAAAUCUCGUAGCAUACAUAACCUUGCCGGAGGUGGUGGUGUCGGAGGAGGAAGUGCUAGUGCGAUCGGUACAGCAGGCAGCAGUCAAGAUCAAGGCUUCUAUCAAAACCUUAGCGUAUAUAGAGCCCAGAAUCAAAGCCAUCCAAAUCUUGGCGAACGACCUCCCAUGCCCCUGCAAACAUCUCUUAAUUCCCCCGGAGCUUCUAGCACCGCGCAUCAGCAACAGCAGCAAAUGCUGCAACAUCAACACCAACACCAGCUACAGCAGCAGCAGCAGCAGCACCAACAGCACCCAAUGCUAAACCGUCCAGCGUCUGCCUAUUUUAAUAGCAAUAAUAGCGGUAGCAAUGCCAAUCCUAGCAAUUUGUUACUGACAACACAAAACACCAUGUCUUAUACGAUGCCUAAUCAGCAGCAGCCUAAUAAUAGUAAUAACGGUAAUCUAACAAACAUAUCGCAGCAGCAGCAGCAGCAGCAGGGUAAUAUGAACACAAUGAACAGCCGACUGGCAUCGACCAUGGGUGGAAAACAGCCAGCUAUGCCCCCGGGAGGUGCUGGCAACGGUGGAAACGUUAACGGCUUUAUGCGUGACGUGCAGGCCCAACAGAGUCUGCGCAUGAAUCAAAUGAUGGCACCAUCGAUGCCCAACAUUGCCCAUUCGGUGGCGGGCGGUAGCGGUGCCGGUGGUAAUUAUCCGGCACCCGGCGUCAUUUCGGCUAGCCAGAGCAUGCAAAACGUAAACGUGAUUCCGGGCGGACCGGGCAGUCCGGCAGGCAGCUACAACUACCACGGCAGUGCGAACGGUAGCCCAAUGCUUUCGCCUCAGAUGUAUCCGCACGACGGCCAGCAACAGCUCGGUGCGCAGCAUCAUUCAUCGUUGCUGCGCGGGCAAGCAAAGCUGGCCGAAAUGAAUGAGCUGAUCAAGCGUCGUCAGCAACAACAACAGCAGCCGGUUGCCUACAACACUGCUACAUCAUCAAACAAGCCUCCUCAACAGCAGCAGCAACAGCAACAGGGAUCGAAUGCAACGAUGCCUCCGUCAACGGCACCGAAACCGAUGCGAACGCAGGACGAUCAACCUCCACUUCCUCCUGUAUCAACUCAUCCACUGUUCAAGCCGGGCAGUGGAGCACCGCCACAGCUCAACAGCAACAAUGCGUACAGCAGCGCGGAACCACCAAAGGUGGGAUUCUAUCCAACGAUGCCAUCACAAAGCAAAAACCUGCCCCAAGCAGGCAGCAAUCCGUGGGAGCGGGAAGAGAAGGAAAAGGAAAGCGAGCUGCGUCGCGAGCACGUGCGCGCCUGGCGGGAUCAGCAGAUUGGCGAGCUGCAAUCGUUGCCGCAGCGUACACCGAAGCAGGAAGAACAGCUGCGGACGCUCAUGCUGGAGCGCGAUUUCGAGCGACGCGCGAUGGAAGAAGAUCAAGACUACGACAACGAUAUGGCACCUUACGGGGCGAAAGAGCACGGCAACGUGCAGGAGGUGGUGCGUUUGGCACAGCCUAACGCCGGCGGGCCCCUUACAGCUCCGAUGACGAAGUUGAAGCAGGUCGACAUUAAAACGCCUGCACCGGACACGCUCUCCAUCACCUCAAGCGAGCAUUCGUCGAGUGUGCCGUCCGUUUCAACAACGAUUGCCAAUUUCCAGCAGCAACAGCAGGGCUCGGGAAGCGGCAACGCACCACCGUUAAUUCAACCGAAAAGUAUUCUGAAACACAACACAAACAGCAGCACGCCUUCGUCGCCUUCCAAAGGGGCCGCUAAGACAGCCAGCUUUGCGCACGACGGAACCAAUCCCGCGGCACGUUCGCAGCUAAACUUGAGCGAAAUUACGGCCAACAAUACCAACGCGAACCAGAUGAUGUCCCAAAUGGUGCACGACAUGAACCAAAUGAAUUUGUCCUCCAACAUGACGGCAAUGAUGGGCGAAGAUCGUGAAAAUAGCGAGUAUGGACAUCCGAUGGGCCACGAACAGCAGCAACAGGCGAUGAUGAACGGUGGAGUGUCGAACCCGUACAUGAUGGCAAGCGACGCGAACAAUGGCAAUGGUGCGGUUCCUCCACCACCACCUCCGGAACGAAACAGCUCGUAUGUGAUCAUGUCGCAGCAGCAGCAGAAACUGCGAACAAGCACCGGUCCGCCCAAGCUCUGCAGCAGCAACAGCAGCAGCAGCAUCAGCAACAACAGCAACAACAGCAGCAACAGCAGCAGCAAUUGCAUCAACAGCAACAACAGCAGCAGCAAUUGCAUCAACAACAGCAGCAACUGCAGCAACAACAGCAGCACUCCAAACAAUAAUCCGCUCGGCAAUCAACCAUCGCCGAUGGGUGGUGUCAACAAUGUCUCGUCCGGUAGCUCCUCGGUGCUGACCAACAGCAUGUACAAGGACAACAAACGGGUAUCGUUCCACGACGAGGACGCUGGCAACAACAAUAGCCCCUCGACUCCGAUGAUGGCUGCUGGGCCCGCCGGUUAUACGCAGGCGGGACAUUUGAUUGGUGGCAGCAUCGGCAACGAGUCGACCGGUGGAAGCGGAGAGCUCGGUACCAUCAUGGAACGACCGGAUCCUGACCGUUUUAUCGACGAAACUAUGCCGGCAAUGCUGCACACGCCCACUACACCGGACGCAGAAAACUGGAACAUGCAAAUUCAGGCGACGCCUGGAGUAAUUGGUGCUCAGGAAGUUUAUCGCGAUCCUCGUACGCGCCGGUUAGCGGAGCAGCAGCAGAAACAGAAAUCCGACGCCGUACCAGAAAAGCUGUCAUUCAAAGAGAAGAUGAAAAUGUUUGCGCUGGAAUCGGGUGAGAACAACACACCGAAGGACAAGCUGAAAAUAUCCCGCGCCCAAAGGGACAUCGAUGCAGUUCAUUAAGCGACACGCAAGGAUAGUUUGUAUGCAUUUGUAUUAGUUUGUUAAGCCCCCUGACAUUGUGCGAUCGUUAGCAUUUUCUCCGAGCGCGGUGUAUGCGCGACCUGUUAAUAAUCCCCCACCCUACCAAACACUCCGCAGAGUACGUCGAAACAGAUUGUACACAGUUCUUGAAUCUUUACACUCUCACGCGCAAGAGUGCUUUUGUUAAUACAAGUAUUUUAUUACUUUGAUUGUGUUGUCCCGGUACAGGCCAGCUGAUCGGUAUAAAGUGGGUUUAAUCGUAGAUAGAUAAAAUCUUAUAAAUCGUGUUAAAAACUUGCAGCAAAAUAAAUAUUCCCCAGAGCAUACAUACAUAACGGUGCAGGAUAGCGUGCUUGUCCGUGCAGUGGUUUCGUAGUCGAAACCCCAACCAAGCGACGAGUUUCAAAGUUAAAGAUGAUAACAAUAAGGAUCACCAGAUAGAUGAUUGUUACGAUUGAUACUAGAACCCAAUGGACCAAGAUGAUACUAACAGAAAAGUUUUAAGAAUCAGCAUAGGAAAUUGUUUCUGUUUUAUAUACAUACAUAUCUAUAUGUAUACUGAAUGAAGACAACCAAUAGUCAGCUAAAGGAAACACUAUAUUUAUCUAUAAAACCGAGGCAGGAUGGUAGGAAAAGUCAAUGAGCCGGAACUGUUAAAAGUUGAGCGUAACUUUUAAGGUAUCACGUAGUCAGGUAUAUGGGGAAGAGUUAGGUAAGAGUUCUCGAAGGUUUUACAAACAUUAUCCCAUGGAAAGGAAGUGUUCUCUUUACGAUAGUACCGUGCAAGUAUCUAAAUCACCAACACACCAUACCCUCUAGAAUGGAAUGCGUUGUCGAGUUGGCGUGUUUACAAACAAAUGCACACGACAUAAUAUAAACAAAACAACAACAAAAAAACAUACAGAAAGGUCAAUUUAAUUAGUCCAUCUAUAACGCGCACCCAUUCGUAGCCUUCCAACCUCCCCUUACGUGAUAAUGUGUGCAAAUGCCGUAUAUGAUGGCACAGCAACACAACAACAAAGCAAAACUAAACAAACAUGAUAUAAACGGUGGUGCACACUAUUGUUAACAUUUACGACAAAGUUUACUCGUACUUGCACGCAAGAUAGUAGCCUCCCAACCCGCAAAACCGUCUUGCGAAAUUCGAAAUACCAUGUUUUCCCACCCCCGUAGCGUUAAUCUCCCUCUGUUACUCAUACACCACACCACGUCGUACACCAACUAACAAACGGGUCCACGAUUUUUUACACAAUGCACGAAUGUGGUUUUUUAGUUUUCGAGUGCGAAGCGCAAAGCGAGAGUAACACUAGAUUCCAUUAGUGGUUGCAAUUAUUGAGUCAAUAGCUUUCCACGGCCGAUUGAUACGAAAGCGAAGGCGAGUGGUAAAAUUACAACGCGAUGAAGGAACGGUGGCAGCAGCAGUAGUAGUAGUAGUAGAGAGAUUUGAUAGUGGAAAUCACCAAUACGAUAGGGAAGUGAUUUUAUUUGUUAUAAACAUAUUUUUAUAUCGCAAUCGAGAGAGACUAUUGAAGAAUUUCCAAGAUUUUUCGAUACUUUUAAGAAGAAUUUACCUCUUUAAUAACAAACACCGGAUUGACCGAUUUCUAGCACAUAUUUUUAUCCUCAAUCCUUGUGUGGCAGCCUAUGAAGAAAGAGAACACACGUUUAGAUCGUUUGUAAAGAUCGAGAAAGCAAAGAAUAUUAUAACCGAUAACAAAAAAAAACACACACACACAAACAAAAAAACAAAUAAACAAUGCUGGAACAAAUAACUCUCGAUAGUAAAGUAUUGCGUUAUUGGUGGUAAGCAGCGCUUAGCACGGUGUACCGAUGCGAGGAGUAGGUUUGCGCAAUCGAAGAGAGAUGUACAAUUGACCAUGUACCUUCUCAUCACGUACCGCAACGGAAUUGUAAAGGAAUAAUGGUAAAAAAAAGAUUAGCUAUAGUGAUGUAGUAUUAGGCAUGCAAUUGGCGAUUUUAUUCGAUAACAACACUAAGCUAAAAGGAAGGAGUUGGCACCGGGCAGAGCAUAUGUACCCUUAGUGGCGAAAUCGCGUGGAAAAAAAGUAUUGCGAUAAAUUAGAGCGAUUUUUGAGCAAAAACAACCCAAUACAAACAAAUACACAGGCAGGUGGAUGGUGUAGAAAUGUUACAUCUUUACUCAAUAAUUACUAUUUUCCAACUCUAAGCAAACCAUAAAAUGCAGCUAUGUAAAUGUUAGCAACAAUUGAGAUAAAGCAAACCAAUGAAA